AUGGGGCCGCUGCCGUCGGGGGGGGGUCCGCCCGCCGCUGGGGAAGAGUUGAGUGUUGCUGCUGUGACCGGGGUCACAGCAGCAGAAACGGUCAGUCCGGCCCAGGAGGGGCCCUCCACAGUCUCGGUGCCUCCGGUUGCUGAGGGCUGCUCGGAGCGAGAAGAGUUCAUGUACUCAGACUCAGCAGACGAGAGCAUGAGCAAAGUGCUUAACGAUGAUUUUAUGGAGGAGGACAUGUCUGAUGAUGAACAUCUCAAAGUGUCUCAAAAAAGGAAAAAUAUUGUGACUGUUAAAAAGAACAAAAAAACGAGAAAACCGAUCAUGAGGAAGACCCCAGAGUCACAAGACUCUUUUACACAAGACUCUCAGUCGCCGUACUCCCCGGCUCAGAUAAAAACCUUCCUGGCACAGAUUAAAGGCUCCAGGCAGCCCAAUAUAAAAGAGUAUUACCCAGACCUGCGCUCUUUUAUGAAGUCUGCCAGACCCCUCACCAGGAAGAGCCAUGGGGAGGAGGUUUUAACAGAACAAGAGGUCUUCAGACUCAAAAAGGUUUUAGGGAGGGUAAAAGAGCAAUUCAUCAGCGAUGAAGAUGAGUUUUAG